AGUCAAAUAACGCAAAAAUAAAAAACAAGGCGCAGUAGAUUGAGAAGUUGAUUACGAUUCGAUCAUCUGAAAUUGCAGUGUGUUAUAAAAUAUCAACAUGAAAUUCCAAUACAAAGAAGAACAUUCAUUUGAGAAGAGAAAGGCUGAGGGCGAAAAAAUCCGCAGGAAAUAUCCAGAUCGCGUUCCUGUAAUUGUAGAGAAAGCGCCGAAGGCUAGGCUUGGAGACCUCGACAAAAAGAAGUAUUUAGUUCCGUCUGAUUUAACAGUUGGCCAGUUCUACUUCUUGAUCCGGAAACGUAUUCACCUGCGGCCUGAAGACGCACUUUUCUUCUUCGUGAACAAUGUCAUUCCACCCACAUCUGCAACAAUGGGGUCUCUCUACCAAGAACACCAUGAUGAAGAUUUCUUUCUAUACAUAGCAUUUUCCGACGAAAAUGUCUAUGGAAAUUAAUUCCAAAUUAUUCACUUUCAAAUAGUUUUACACUAUCUGACCAUAUGGUGAAAUUUAAUUUAAGUCUUAGAUUAAAAUUGUGUAUUAUUUUAUGGUAUUUUUUUAUUAUUAAUUGGCAUAUAAUACUAUAUUUGUCUUCAUAUGAAUAGUAUAAAACUUUUCAAGCAAGUAAAGGAUUGCUUUGUUUUCACAUCUUUGUUUUGGUUGAGUGUCAUCACUGCUGUAAUAAAAAAUAAAUAAAAGAUAAAAGCAAA